AUGGCCCGGCCACUGUCCCUGUCCUCGGCCCUGUCCCCCACCAUGGCCCUGGCACUGCCGCUGCUCCUCACCCUGCUCAGGGCCACUCCAGUGGCCACAGGUUUGGGGGCACCAGGGGGGAGCUGCGGGGUGCCCCCCUCUGCCUGGUGCCAGGACUGGGUGACCGCGCUGCGCUGUGGGGCCCUGGGCCGCUGCCCCCACCUCACCCAGGGACAUCCCGACAUGGACGUCUGUGACACAUGCCAGCAGUUCUUCGGCUCCCUCCACCGGGCCUUCAACCACUCAGCCAUGGAGGUGCCUGUGGGGACGGGGGACAGAUGCCACUGCACCACCCAUGGGCACCAGCGGUGCAAUGGGGACAGGAGUGGCUGGGGUGUGGUGGCGGCGAGUACGGCAGUGGUGGCUGUCACCGUGGCUGUCACUGUCGGUGCCCGGGCGCAGGUGGUGCUAGAUCAGAAGCCCUGGCAGGUGUGUGCCACGCUGAAGCUGUGUCGCGGAGAGUCCGGGGCCGCCCCGGCCGCGCCCAUCCUUGAGGCGCCCGGCACCCACCUGCAGGGCUCCGGCGGGGCCGGGCUGUCUCCGGAGGCGCUGCCGCUGCCGCUGCCGCUGUGCUGGCUGUGCCGCUCGCUGGUGGCGCGGGCUGAGGCCGCUGUCCCCGUGGGCGCGGUGGCCGCGGCGGUGGCCGGGCUGUGCCGGGCGCUGCCGCUGCCGGUGGCCGGGGCGUGCCAGUGCCUGGCCGAGCGCUACGCGGCCCUGGCGAUCGAGGGGCUGCUGGGCCGCCUGGGCCCCCGCCUGCUCUGCCGCCUAUUCUUCGCCUGUCGCAGUGGGGACAACGGGGACAUCGAGGACGUGGGGACGCUGCCACCGCCCUGGGUGCGGGAGGCCAUCGUGGUGCGGCUGGCGGAGUGUGUCAGUGAGGAGGCCCCCAAAGGUGUCAGUGUCCCUGCACUGUCCCUCCCCCUGGGCCCUUGUGCCCUGGGCCCCACUUUCUGGUGCUCGGGCUUCGAGGCUGCGCGGCGCUGCCAGGCCCUGCAGCACUGCCAGGAGCAUGUCUGGCUGUAG